AUGUCUGAAAAAAAAUCAAGAAAGCACCGCCGUUCUCACAGUCGUUCACGUUCUCAUAAAAACUAAGGCAAAACAUAUAAUAAAAAAGAUGAAAAUUAAAAAAACUAUACACAUCAACAAUCUCAAUGGCAUUUCACUCCCAAAAACGAAGAAUCAAAAUGGAUAAUAAUUGAAAACCUCCCAGAAUCAAUAACAUAAACUGAAAUAGAGGAAAAGCUAACACAAAUAAGUGCUGAUUGUGGCACAUCAAACUAUGACGAAAUAAAAUUAGUCCCAUAUUUAGGCAGUGUAUAUAUUCAAUAUCCCUCUGUAAGUGCCGCAACAAAGACUUUGUAUCAUUUAAAAGGCAAAAUCAAGCUUCGAGAUGAAUUUUAUCCAAUGGAUUUUUACAAUAGUGGACAAUAAUAACAAAAAUCAAGCUACGAGCAGCCCCAAACAGACUGGAUUUGUGAUAAAUGUGAAUACAAAAAUUUUGCAAAAAGAACAAAAUGUAAUAAAUGUGAAAAGCCAAGAUCUAGUAAUUGCAGAGUCGUCCUUAAUAGUGUUGGAGGAAAAUAAACACUUAGCGUUCCUGUAGGAAUUACUAUGAUAUUAGCUCCUUUAAAUGAAGUUAAUACUUCUCUUAUGGUAAGAGGCAACAUUAUAUAGUAUAUUACAGAAUCACAUCUUAUUGAUUCUUUUGAGCCUUAUGCAAAAAUAAAAGAUGUGAGAUUGGUAAAAAAUAAAUAAAAUGGAUAAUAAAGAGAUUUUGCUUUUGUGGAAUUUUAUACUUUGGAAGAUGCUGAAAGAGUACUCAGUUAAACUUCUGGGUUAGAUUUUAAAGUCGGAGGAGAACAUGUUCAGACUCAAGGUUAAUAUUAAUAAGGUCAAUAGUACUAAUUACCUUAGCAAUAUCAUUAAUAUUAGCAAUAAAGUAAUUAUGGCGUUUAGCAAUAAUAAGGAAAUAAAGAAGAUUAGCCUUUCACUUUAGAUUAGACUUAUAUCGACUAAAAUAAACACGAGCCAAGAAAAAAAUAUAGUAACAACAUAAAGCCAAUAGUAAUAAUAACCUGA